AUGCAUUUUGAUGUCGCCGCCUUUGCGACGGUGCUGCCCUUUCUACCGCCGAGUCUUCGCCAUGUAAUGUUCGUUGACAGCAACGACGACGGUGACAUCCUUGUCGAAUCCAACCUCGCACCGUCUUUGCAGCAAUGGCUUGGGAAUGGUCGUCUCAAGAAACACAUCAACUUUUCAUGUAAGCUCGCCAAGGACGAUGCGGCGGCAGUCGCCGACGUGCUGGCAUCGGCUCUCUCCGUGACGACGCUCGAGAUGACUUCGUCGCACGAGCUCGUCAAAGCGCUCAUUGCCAGCACCAAGCCGCUGUCGCAUGUGACGAGAUUUGGCGUUCGACGGGUGCCAACCAACGAUGCCAAGCUGCUUGUCGCGCGGUUGAGUCUCCAUCAUCUGACGCGGCUCAAGGUUGAGGCGAGCGUUAAAGACCUGACCUGGGUCCUACAUUUGCUGCCGUCGAUGCCUCACCUCCAAGAACUCUUGCUCGGUUUCGGUAUGCUUCAUGAGGCGCCAGACACGCUUGGCGCAUCGCGUCUGCGCAAGCUAGCGCUCAAUCAUGUCCAGCUCUCGGACAAGGCAUUCAACGCGCUUUUGAAGUGGACCUCAGGCUUGCAGCAGCUGCAAGCGGCCGUCUUCCGCGGCCUCUCUCUGAAUGGCAAGUGGUUCUCGCUGCAACAGAUGAUGCGGCAUCAUUGGCUCGUCACAGCCGGCUCCUGUGCAUUGAUCCAGGACGGACAGGCGCUGGUGUCGCCACCGUCGCUCCAGGGGCUCGCGAUCCAUCCUGACACGGUCGAGGCCCUCGUCCGAGCGCUAUCUCGCGUUGUUCACACCACGGUGGUCCGCCUCGCGACAGACAUCAACACCGACACGUACAAUGAAGCCGCUCGUCGAGCUUGGAUGGACUUUGGCGUCGCCAUGCUGCCGCGAGAGUACAACGAGUACGAUCUCAGUCCGCCGCAGAGCAUGCCAACCGUGUCACCAAAGGCGCCGCAGUGUCUGCGUGUGCUCUAG